AUGAGACGCUCAUAGCAGAGCGGUCUGGCUUACCUUACGAUGAGAUAAAAUGGGUUCGAGUUAGGAACUGCACAAUCAGUCAAUCGGAACGUACACCUAUCAUCAGAAUGUUACAACUAUUGAUUUUAUUCCUGGUCCCGCUGGUCUGGUCUCAGAAACACGCCCCGUAUGGCUCUAAAACUCCAUACCACCUGGUAGCAGGAAAUGUCCUUGAUUUCGACUUCCCCUGUAAACCAGUGUCCUUGUUCAGUGUACACCGUCACGGCACAAGGAACAUCGGCAAGAAUAUAGUGAAGAGAAUAGACACGCUAGUGGGUGCCCUGCAGUCUACAUACAAGACUAAGGGCCUACCUAACGAUAAUCUUAAGUGGCUUCUAGAUUUCAGUCACGGUAACAAGCCCAACAAGGACCUGAUAGUGGAGGGAUACAGACAACUCUCUGGGCAGGGGGAGAGGUUCUCCCAGGUGUUCCCCGACCUUUUAUCCGACACCUCUCACGUGCGGGUAGGGACCUCUUUUAAGGGCCGUUGUAUCAGUUCAGCUCUGAGCUUCCUGCACGGGGCAUACGGGAAAUCCUUCCGGGUUAGUAACGAGAGUGAGAUUCUAAAAACAAAAGAUAUCAGACGUGAUUGUGAGGGAAUGUGCCAUGUUUAUGAGCCGGUCGUUGAAAUGAAAAGUGAAAGGGAUCGUAAAAGUGACCGACCUCACAUCACAUUCGAGCAUCAGCAAAACCAUCUCCUGCGAUACUACAAAGAGUGCCGGAACUAUGUAACCAAGGAAGGUAAUAAAGCAGCGUGGCAAGCUGCGCCUAACAAGUACCUAACCGGCUCCAGGAUGACAAGACUCACUAAGAAGAUGGGGGAGCGUCUGGGAAUACAACUGUCACCUCACGACGUGGUGACUCUACACAUCCUGUGCGCACUGGAAGUGGGAGUACCCCGGCUCAUGAGCAACUCUCAGUUCUGCAGCCUGUUUGAGGAGAACGAGCUCUACGUUACAGCUUUCUAUCUCGAUCUAAUGAGGUAUAACGGUAAAAUGAUCCCUGAGGCAGUCAACUCCAGCUGUGUACUGAUGCAGGACGGUCUUAACUUCUUAAAACAAGACCGGGGUGCUAACCUGAAAUUCGCUCAUACGGAAACUAUUUUCCCGCUGUUGGAGCACAUGGGUCACCUGACUGAGCCCAUGUCCGCCAAGCGGAGUCUCCUCGAGAGGGAGUUCUAUGGGGAUAUCACCCCUCUGGGAAGCAACUUCUUUAUGGUUGCCAUGAAGUGUCCAGACUCCAGUGAGAGGAUUGUUCAGACUUUUCUUAACGAGAAACCGAUAGAGUUUCCCAACUGUGGUAGCCCGUGUAAAUUAGAUAAAAUUCUUGAGAUGUUUCCGGAGGAGGGCUGUGAUUUCGUGGGAGUAUGCGAGGGUCGUGGGUUUGAUCUGUACAGUUGUCUUACAGUUGAAAUGGCGGUCCUGUCUAUCAUGGUUGUUGUUGUUAUUGAGUUUAUUCGCAGAUGUUUUUUGCUAGUUAGAUGGUGAUUGAAAUUUAAAUGUCCUACAGUUACAAGAUCAAGGAAGAUUUAGCGAAAACUAAAGAUGCAAAGGAAGUAGCCCGUUCUCAGCAGCUAAGAGAGUUAUCAUGGAAAGUUACUGAUAUGAUUGCUCUGGGUUCAUCAGCUGUGAAAUAAUUUGAGACAAAAUCUGCAUAUCAAAUGCAGAGAGAAUUGAAGAAUAAUUUAUCUCUUACUGAGGCUGAGUUGCUUUGUGACAUGUGCGAAGAGAACAUUUCUCAUGAAGACUCGUUUUUAAUGAAUGUUGAAGAAAUUUGACCCCAUCCACAUCCGGCCCUUUUGCCAUUUACAUCAGAGUUAUUGCACAUUCUUUGCUCCUUUUACCGUUUUUACUUCUCCUUCUGAGGUUUCGUUAUGAUGUCAGAUUACGACCAACAAGUUGUCAAGACAGGGGUGCAAUACUCGAACAGAGUCUUUAUUGGCAACCUUCACACACGGAUGGCGGAAUACGACGUGUGUACGAUCAUGAGACAUUACAAAUUCUACCCAGAGGACAUAAAGGUAAUACGGGACGUUAAUGGGUGCAGUAAGGGAUAUUGUUUCGUGGAUUUUAGAAGCGAAAAUGAAGCUAAGAGACUGCUAGCUCAGGAGAACAUUGAAUCCAAGUUCGGUAGAAAGUUGCUGAUCAAACCUGCCAUUCGCAUACGAAGAAAAGAGGUCCUGGUGGUGAAACAACAGACAACUGCCAGCCACGCUCUAGAGUGCAGCGCCUCCCCAGAUAUGGCCAGUAGGGGUUACCCGUCCCAAGACCACACUCCUACGACCUACACCAGUUGUCACUAAAUCAACCUCCACAACUAUGUAUCCCGAACCACCAGAGGGUGGCAGGAUCCAGAGUUUGCUGUCGGAUCGUGGAGUAAAUAAGCUCAGACUUAAUCUCAAUCUGGAGCAAGUUACGGAAGCUAACCAUGCAGCACCCUGCAACAUGUAGUCUCCAUCCUACUUCAUCCCCAGUCAACCCUCAACGCCUCUUUACCCUCCAGGUUACCAGUACCACAGCCAACCCUCUACACCCUUCUCAGACUACCAGUACCACAGCUUACCCUCAACCCCCUCUCCGAGUUUUUCCCUCCCUACUCCCCUAAUUUUGCUCAAGGAGUACAGUCACCUGCAUACGGAUUUACAGCUCCAUUAUCGUAUGGAAGGAGUGUACCACUGGCAUUCUACCAACCUUUCUACCAGAACUCUUACUUCUCGCCGAAUCUCCGCUCGCAGACAGGCGCCGGUGUCCCUAAUGCCGAGAAGCCACAAUCUGCCGCCAGCUCAGUCACUUUGCCUGUACUUAAUCAGCCGGUUCCGGCCAGUCAAGGCCCUUCCUCGCUGGGAAACUAGACACAAGACAGAUAUCUGUUGCCAGAAAAGGAAUUAUAUUUAGGUUACCUAAUACGAGACAUUUAAAUGGUACGAAAGUCGGUGGUUUUUCGAAAAACACCAUAUUUUCGGACUACCAAAAUGUAUGUCACCAUUAUUUUCCCCUAAUUAUUUUUCACGUAUUUUCCUUAAUUAUGACUUUAUCGAUUACUAUCAAGUUAUCAGUAUAGUAAGUUAUACAUAUGAUAUCGGCCGGUUGGUGUAGUGGUAACACCAUCGCCACCCAAGCAGAAGACCCGGGUUCAAAUCCGGUCGGAUGCAAGUUGGCCAGUUACCAAGCUGUGAUUUGGUACAGCUUCGGCUGGUGAUACACACUCUCUGGCUCGUAGGACUAACCCUCCUACAGCUAGUAUAGUGCCUCGGCACAGAGUGGCUUAGGGUUACGGAAAAGGAGAUAAGCACCUCAGGCCAUCCCAACGUUCGGGAGAGACCUGCCCUUGUAUCUUGUUGUACAGUAACACGACUAUUAUAUGCAACACGGGGUCCUGCAAAACUAGAUAUACUUAUAGGGAUAUCAUUGAGAUUAAUUAUACAAACCAAACUUGGUCGGCGUGAUAUACAAAAACUUGAACAACAGCUUAAAAGCAGAGUUUGCUGACGUUAGUGUUCAAAAAAGGGGCUAUAGAAUUCUUGUUAUUGUUUGUACCCACAUAAAUUAGACGAAUAAAAUAUGGGACGAUUCUAACGGGUUUUUAUUUAAGAUAUGGUUCCAAUUUAAAGGGUAAAAAUGUUUUUAUGGGAUAUGAGCAUUGAGCACAUAUUGUACUGAUACAUAUUAUAUUAUGUAUAUUCAUUAUUUUUGAACUAUUAAAUCUUGAUAAUCAUUAAAGAUCAUUCAAUCAUUCAAUCAACUUUUUAUUUGUGAAUUUUGCGUUAUGUGCCCGUACAUUAUGUACAAAUACAAUGUGCUCAUCGAUAGGGAGCGAUGAAUAGAAAGUAGGAUAGAAAGAUAAAAACAGGAUUUUUUUUUGAAAUACCCGUGAAUCACUCCGACUAAAUAGUGAUACAACGAUUGAGAUUUAGGUUUAUUCACACUUCUUUUACUUCCACUUUUACAUCAAUUAUUUUAUCGAUGAGCACACGUACGCUUAAAUAUUGCUAACGCUUUGAUAGUGUUAAUGUAUCGUUAAGAUUAUUUCUAAUUAUAGGUUCGAUAUUUUAUUUCGUUAUGAAGCAUUUUGCCGAGCAGUAUUUAUACAAUUUAUAAAAUAUUUACAGUCUUGUUUUAA